UUGGUUACACAAAUUGACAGUUGGAUAAAUGGAAUGAUAAACCUUUACCAUAGAGUCAUAAUCUUUUAGUUUUGGGCUUGUAUAGGCAUGUAAUUUUGACUGAAUUCCUUCAUAGAUUUCUGGGCAAGACAAGGCUUCGCAGAAUCAUCCAAAUGCAGCCAUGCCUACAUCAAAUUCAUCCCAUAAGUUGAGGCAUUACCCUGGAACAGUUAACCACAUGGAAAUCUCUCAGCAACCAAUGAGGUUAUCAACCCCUUGUAGGAUUCCAGAUAAUCCUUUGCAUUACUCCCAAGUGUUGCCUCCCCCUGGUGUAUCUCACCACUCUAAUGAGUAUGGAUCACAUUUCAAUGGUACCAAUUAUGAGUACAGUCAAAGGUUUUUUGGGGCAACAUUGGAUAGCAUUGGUCACCUUAGGUCACGCCGCUAUGACACAAGUGACCUAGUCUCAUUUCCCUAUUAUUGAUAUUUAUUAUGACAAGUAAGCAAGUGUAAAAUUUUUACUUGUUGCAUUGAAAAUUGGUUGACCAUUGUAUUCAUUCAGAAAAGAUAGGUGGUACAAUUGUUUGUAAGAAGAACGGUUAAAGUGAUUGUAAGUUUUAAGUUAUUUCAUAAGUGCCUAGCAUUGUUUGUCAUGUCGUACAUACUUGAGCUUCAUUCUGAUGUGGUGCUAAUUCAUCUUUCUCU